CUCCGCGCAGUGAGCCCUCGGCUCUCUCUCGCUCAAAGAACCAGCUUUGCCAAGGUUAACUUUAUGGUGGACCGUGCCCACGCUGGUGCCCACGCCCAGGCCUCAAAGCGCCUGUUUACUUGUACACAUCGCUGUACCUCGUAACGUAGGUGCUCUGAUCUUCACCAGCCCCUUGUCAAAACGACGACAUGGCAUCCGCAAUCGAAAGCCCGGAGAGCAUCAUGGUCCCCAACCUCCCUUUCGAAGUCAUCGGCGAGAUCGCAAAGCACUCAAGUCCCGGGAACCUGAACAAGCUCGUCAGGGUGUGCCGCCAAUGGCAUGACUCCCUUAUCAGGAACCUGUACACAUCUGUAACCAUCAGUAAGGAACCAAAGUUGCGAGUGUUCUAUGACACGCUUUCUGAACAUCGCAAUCGCCGCGCCUGGAUCUCCAAACUGGAAAUACCAAUUGUCGAUUUUGAAGUCCCCGGGGACGAGAAAUAUUCGAAUGUCUUGCUUUCAGCCGUUCUCCCAUGGUGCACCUCAGUGAGAGAAUUUCACAUCAUCUACUUCGCUGCGGACUCACCGCCCGAAUGUGUGUUACGUCAUGUCACCAUCUCCCUCUUGCAUGGACAUCUGUACAUCGAUCUGAACAACAUCCCACUGUACGAAACUAUAGACCCCAACCAGUGGAUCUACAAUACUCCCCUACGACCAUUGAUCAAAAAACUCAUAAACUGCGCCGCUCCACAACUUUUGUCCGCAGAGUUUCAACGCGGAAAUAUGUGUAGGAGUGCGUUUCCGCCUUCCUUCCCCAAACUGGUCACCCUCACAAUAGGCGACGGACCACUUUGGUCUGGGAUACAUAGUAUGAACUGGGAGACGAACUAUCUCCGGCGACUGUUUCCAAGUCUGGUCGAAGCUCGCCUUUCCCGCGCCUUGAUCCUCUUUCAAAAGGUCCACUUUCCGGACACGGUGAAGGUCAGUGAGAUCAAACACAAACGUCCGGAGUGAACACUGAUGGCAUGUUGAGCACGAGCUUUGUUGCUAAACAAAUUCCCUGGGAACUUGCUAACGAGAACAAAUGUUCGACAUAUGGGAUGUAAUAUUUCGCAUUCGGACGGCAAAUACCCUCUGUCAGGCAAUGUGCUGGUGUAGGAUAG